GAUGGGUGGGUCCGGUCUCGGUCUCAUUGCUAUCUUGAUGCCGCGUGGGUGGGCUGGAAAUGCACCGAGGGGGAAGGCGCUGCGUGACGAGGAGGAGGUGUCCGCGCAGGUGCCCCUGCUGCACCCUCGCUCAGAAUUCCUCACCGGCACCCAGAAGGAGCAGCCCACGGUCACCCCCCCACCACUGGGCCGCUCAUGGGCUCCCAGGGGAGGCCACAGCCCUUCCGCUGCCCGGGAAGAGGACGCUGGCCAGGAAUGUGUCCAGGCCUCCGGGAGCAUCCGCUCCUGCUCCGGCUCCUCCAGUGCCUAUCACGUGGCAGCCCUGGCCACGUCCUCCCUUGUGGGCCUCAUCCAGACCAUCAGGGACCACGUCACCAAGCCCACUGCCAUGGCCCAGGGCCGCGUGGCCCACCUCAUCGAGUGGAAGGGCUGGAGCGCCCCACUGGCUGGCCGGGAGCACGUGGCGCCGCACAAGGAGCUCUACGAGGGCCUCCCUGACGCACUGAAGGAGGCGCGCUUCGCGGCUGGUGUGGCCGAGCAGUUUGCCAUCACGGAGGCCACGCUGGACGCCUGGCCCUCCCUGGACGGAGAGGAGCUGCAGCAGGGGGGCACCGCGUGGGAUGUUGUGCAGCUGCAAGACCUGGGGAGCCUCUGCCUGCAGGAAAACGCUCUUUCCAGUGUGAGCAGCCCCGUUGCGACGGACAGCCUGCACGCCGACUCCGGGACUGGUUGUGGAUCCCCUGUUCCCCAGAAGGGCGAGGUGGCGAGGGACUGGCACGCCCAGCGAGGCAGCUCAGGGAAGCCCCGGGCUGGGCCACAGCGGGAGGAGCUGGGGUGUGUGCCCCAGGGGGGUACCCUCACCCCGCGCGACCUGGAUAGUGGCUCCCUUUCUGAGGACGACGUCUUCUACAACUGAGCGGUGGCCGGAGGGGUGACCUGGCAAGGGGGCUCUGCUGGAGUGGGGGGCUCUGCCAGAGUCGGUGCCCGCCUUGGCUCUGGGCCGCAUUUCGUCUCAAGCUUUCGGAGCAGCCACAGAGCCGCUUCCAGCCUGUGUUUGGGGCGAGGCGGCAGGGCAGGGCUGGGGCGCGCCUGUCCAGGGCUCUCCUUGGACUGCCAGCAGCGGCAGCGGCAGCAGCAGCACCAUCCUUGUGACCUGUCCUUGUGUGGGUCUGGAAAUGCUGCCCAAAGUUAUGGAGCCCCGGCGGGGCAAGGGGCAAGGCCAGCCGGACCUGCUGGACAGCUCCCGACGCAUUUGUUCGCUCGCACUGCCUCUCUGGCAGUUCUAAUAAUCGGGUAAUAAUUA